AUGGAGACCGAGGCUGUCCCGCUUCACGUGUCCCCCAUCGCCAACCCCAUGGCCGGCGAAAACCUGAACAAAAAGCUGCUCCACAUGGCCAGGAAGCUGGUCGACGAGAAGUGCCUCAAGCGGGGAGUCAAGGAAUGCGUCAAGUACAUCCGCAAGGGAAAUCCUGGGCUCUGCGUGCUGGCGGCAGACGUCAGCCCCGUGGACGUGUACUCUCACGUGCCGGUGCUCUGCGAGGAGAUGGGCAUGCCCUACAUCUUCGUGCGCAGCCAGAUGGAGCUGGGCCAGGCGACUGCCUCCAGCAACCCCACCUCGAUCGCGGUGCUGGUCUGCCCCGAGGAGCAGCCCUAG